GCAACGACAGAGGUGCCUGAAGCAUCUACAGUUGUACCUCGAGUAACUGAAGCAUCGACAGUUGUAGCUCGAGUAACUGAAGCAUCGACAGAGGUGCCUGAAGCAUCUACAGUUGUACCUCGAGUAACUGAAGCAUCGACAGAGGUGCCUGAAGCAUCUACAGUUGUACCUCGAGUAAACUGAAGCAUCGACAGAGGUGCCUGAAGCAUCAGCAAAAUUUCCUGAACCAUCAGGAAAGGUGUCUGAAGCAUUAAGAAAGGAACCUGAAGCAUCUAUUGAUGUACUUCAAACUUUCACUGAGCAACCUGAAGUGAAGGAUGAAGCUGAACAUGGUGCAAAACCUAAAUCCAAAGGUCAAACUGUGCUCCCUUCCCAACACAUUCUGUGUGAUGAGAAUGUAUUGUCCUUAACAGAAGGCGAUGAUGAUCUGAGCAGUCAGAGGAAUAUACAAUCACUGAUGUCCGGUAAAUGUCUUCAUGGGAAACAGGGAAAGUCUUCUGCUUUUGAAUCGUUAGAAGAGUCCAUGAUUUCUGAGAUGUGUGAGAAAUUGAUGGAGGAAAAAGAUUUGGCCGAUUAUGGGAGUUUUAUUGUCAUCGAUAGCCCAGAAAAGAAUGUUGAUGAAAGUUUUGUUGUUGUUAGUGAAAAUGCUGUAUCUACUUCAAGUGAUAUCGUUGAUAAAGAUGUCAAGAAAGACACAGUGAUUGUAAAGACAAAAGACUGUUGUAGCCAUGUGUCAGUAGCAGAAGGAACAACUAAAAUAAGCAACACCAACAUUGUCAAGGCCAUGCCCAAAGACAGUCCAGUUUCAGCUGUGAAACAAGGAAUCCUUUACAGCCCAAUAACUGCACCCGAAACCAAAAAGACUUGUAUUAAAUCAGCGGCAAGGAUUUCCCCGACAGAACAAAAUAUCCUUGAAUAUGAAACUGGGUUAAUGAAAAGUGUGCGGCUUAAGUGGGACAGUCGGGGCAUUCAUAGACCUGACGAGAAUCUUACCUACAGCUCCUGGCUACGGAGGACACAAACCAAUAGAAAAGUGGAGCCAACUUUCAUCUUGGAGGGUAACAGCAGAGAGCCUCCCCUGUUCAGAAGGAUGUCUGUUCCAAAUUCAGAACUUUCAGAGAACUCGUCAAGACCUGAUUCUCCAGAACGAAAGAAACCACGAAUAGGUGGCACUCCAGGUAAGGCUGAAUGGCGAUGGCACAAAGAGCAUAAAAUCUGUGCUACAGAAGCAGCUGAUGGAAAUACAAACGGAGGAGAAGAGGCUGUCAGAUGUGAUGACCAUGCAACAAGAAGCAUAUCUGCAUAAUCUGAGGUUGAAGCAUGGCAAGAUGUUCCAAGCACUCCGUACUCAGCAGAACCUGGAGAGACGGCAGCACUUGGCUAUCUGGAACGGCUACGUCAGCCAGGCUCUGUUGGAGUACCAACUGAUGCAGCUGAAGCAGGAGCACAUGUUGCAGGUGAGACAGCUGGAGACAGUCAACCGCAUGGAGAUGCAGAGGGACAUUAAUGUCAUCAACCAUAACAGGCAGGCUCAGGCAAAACGUUUUCAGUCUUUGAAACUCCCGGCAUGGCAGUCGAUAAAGAACUUUGAGGAAAACACUGCUAGUGGUGCACAGAUGGAUGAGGCUCACACCACUGUGAAUCUGUGUAAGGGUUCAUUUCGGCCCGGUGGUGGUGAGAGGAAUACGGUGAAGGUGUGUCUGCCUGUGGAUGUUGCAGCGUUCAUGAUCAGGGAGGAUGAAGUCUAUGACACAAACUAUGAACAUUCGUAAUUUCUGUUGUGAGAAAUUUGUGGUAAGAGAGACAAAUAUGGGUGUCAUGGUGUCACUGUGAAGUGACUGGGUGUCAUUCUGCCACUGUGAGGUGAUAUGGUUGACUGGGUGUCAUUGUGCCACCCGGAGCUGACACGGUUGACUGGGUGUCAUGGUGCCACUAUGUGGUGACAUGGUUGACUGGGUGUCACGGCACCACUAUGAGGUGACAUGGUUGGCUGGGUGUUAUGGCACCACUAUGAGGUGACAUGGUUGACUGGGUGUCACAGUGCCACUAUGAGAUAACAUGGUUGAUUGGGUGGCACCACGAUGAGGUGACAUGGUUGGCUGGGUGUUAUGGCACCACUAUGAGGUGACAUGGUUGGCGGGGUGUCACGGCACCACUGUGAGAUGACAUGGUUGACUGUCAUGGUUUAAGGGUUGAAUGGGUGGCAUAGUACCAGUAUUUAUGGCGAAAUAUAUAAAUAGAUGUGAUUCAGGUAAUAUGGACCCAAAGGAUAUGGGCUGGUAGGUUAUGUUUUUAUGCAUAUUUGCUGUUUUGUUUGUAUUGACAUUUAACAUAUCAGCCUUAUUUAAAUGUGGUAUUAGUUGCAACCAUUUGUUGAUAAAAGAAGCUGAAGCACAAUGCAUCUUUCCCAAGAGUUAAAUAAGUGUAUCCCGGUCACUGUUGCUGCCAGUGAUAAAUGGAUUUGGCCAACAAGAGAAACAAUGGGACAGCCAGCUUACCUGAAAGACAUGAUUAUAUAUUUCUAUUUAUGUUUCUCUCUAGCACCUUAAAGAAGCAUGCUUUAAUGGUUUGAAAUGGUGAGAAUGUUAUGUCACCAUUUACUAUGAAACAGCAAUCUGUUACCUGAAAGCAUAAUAAUUCUAUAUUUUAUUUAUCUAUCUUUGUCAACUUAAAGAAGCAUUCUUUGAAGUUUUGAAAUGGUGAGAAAUGGUUCACUAUUUACCAUGAUACAGGAAUCUGAAGGCUGAUGUUUAUUUUAUUUGGAAUUGUGAUCUGUGUAGUUAUUUUGAUAGAAGAUGCAGAGUACUUACAGUUGUACAAAUAGAUCAUGUAAAUUAUCACAAUAUCAUUUAACAUUUUCUGAAUUCUAAUCAACUUUGGCAAAAUUAAUAUGAAGAUACUAAAAUUCAAUAGUUAUGUACAUAUGGUUGCUCUUUGAAACAUUAUGCAAAUAAUCAUGUUAUACAGUUUCCCAAUUGCGUAGAAUGAUGCUCACGAUGUCGAUCAUUGGAUUGUCUAGUCCAAAUUCAAUUAUUUACAGACCGCUAGAUAUAGCUGGAAAAUUGCUAAGGGCAGCAUUAAACAACAAAUAAACCAGGCUCUAAUUUUAUAGUCUAAAGUAUUUACUGAAAUGUAAAGUACACUACUCCAUCUCCUCUCCAUACAUGACUGCCUGCGAGGACCCUUACAAUGAAUUAAUUUUGUACUCAGAGUACACAAAAGCAAACCUAUCAGCACAGUGGUAGAGGAUAGAAUUUGAAACUGGUUAAAUUUGGGUAAAAUAUAAGGGAAAGGUUUGGGUGUUGGUGGGGGAAUUUUAUAUUUAUUUAUUUAUUUUAUUAUUAGUAAAAUAAUGCUUUUGACAUAAUAAAUAAUCAUAAACUUUAUUUAUCAGUUUAAUGUAAUGUUAUUAACACUCUGUCCAUCAGUUUGUUUACUUGUCUAGCUGGUUUUAUGUUUUGGGGUCUAUUUUAGAUGGGAGCAGAGUUGCCUCCCUUAGAUUACCAGAAUCAUGUGAGUUUACAUGCCAGAUUUUUUAAUUCAUUUUCUUGGUUUGCCAGUGCACCAUGCCCAUCCUAACUAUCCACCCACUUCACGCAGACAUGCAGAAAUAUGAAUGAAGUUUUGUUCAAAGUGGUCAUUAAACUAUACUCACCUUUUUUGAGAGAUGAACCAUUUAUGUUUCCUCCUCAUUUUCAUCAAUGUUUUAUGCCAGGUAUGGAAUGGUUCACCAUGUUUGGUGUUGUAUCAAGUCACUGAUGGAGAUGCCAGGAUCUAUUUGAGGGAAUACUGCCUACCUCUGAUCAGUGAUGAUAUUCUCAUAUGUAAGUCUCAUAUAUUGAUAUGUUGACCUGUAAAUUCAGAAACAUAUGUAAUAAAAAGAAAUAGUUUAUAUUAUAUUCA